CAGUCAGAUUAAAAUAGUAGCAACACUGUUUCUUCUUCCAGAAUCAAAAGUGUGACGAGCGUUUAUUUUAAUAAAUUCAUAAAUAAAACUUGAUAAAAUGUCGACACUAGCUGCAGCACUAUCUGUUGCGGGAACAAGACAUUCUGGAGCCCCAGUUCGUACACAAAAUGUAAUGGCAGCAGCCUCAAUCGCCAACAUAGUGAAGAGUUCACUGGGUCCUGUGGGCUUGGACAAAAUGAUGGUAGAUGACAUUGGAGACGUCACAGUCACAAAUGAUGGAGCAACCAUCCUUAAAAUGUUGGAAGUAGAACAUCCAGCUGCUAAAGUACUGGUAGAGUUGGCACAGUUACAGGACGAGGAGGUCGGAGAUGGCACCACCUCUGUAGUUAUCAUUGCUGCUGAACUGUUGAAGAAUGCCGAUGAGCUGGUCAAGAACAAAAUUCAUCCUACGAGCAUAAUCUCCGGCUACAGACUGGCUUGCAAAGAGGCUGUGAAAUAUAUUCAAGACAACCUGACUGUAACCGUCGACUCCAUCGGCAGAUCAUCCAUCAUCAACGCCGCUAAGACCACAAUGUCUUCAAAACUCAUUGGAGCUGAUGCAGAUUUCUUCUCCGAAAUAAUAGUUGAUGCUGCACAAGCUAUCAAGGUGACAGAUCCUAAAGGGAAUGCCGUGUACCCCAUUAAAGCUGUGAACAUCCUCAAAGCCCACGGCAGAAGUGCAAGGGAAAGUGUAUUGAUUAAGGGCUACGCCCUCAACUGUACCGUGGCCUCGCAGGCCAUGCCUAAGAAAAUAGUGAAUGCUAAGAUUGCUUGUCUCGAUUUUUCGCUGCAGAAGACCAAAAUGAAGAUGGGUGUGCAAGUUCUCGUGUCCGACCCAGAGAAGCUGGAGGCCAUCAGAGCUCGUGAGCUCGACAUCACGAAGGAAAGACUACACAAGAUAUUGUCGACAGGGGUGAAUGUCAUCUUAUCUACUGGCGGCAUCGACGACCUCUGUCUCAAAUACUUUGUAGAAUGCGGCGCUAUGGGAGUCCGGCGCUGCAAGAAGGCCGACCUGAAGAGAAUUGCCAAGGCCACAGGAGCUACGUUCCUGACCUCCUUAACAAACAUGGAAGGUGAGGAGGUGUUUGAACCGAGUAUGAUCGGUGAAGCUGCUGAAGUGGUCCAGGAACAAAUUUGCGACGAUCAGCUGAUCCUCAUUAAGGGGCCAGCGGCUCGCACUGCGGCGUCAAUUAUACUAAGAGGGCCGACAGACGCGUACUGUGAUGAGAUGGAACGGUCAGCACACGACGCGCUGUGUGCCGUCCGCAGAGUGAUGGAAUCAGGGCGGGUGGUGCCGGGAGGAGGAGCCGUGGAAGCGGCGCUGUCCAUAUACCUUGACAACUUCGCCACAACACUGAGCUCCCGAGAACAGCUUGCAAUCGCUGCCUUCGCACAAUCACUGCUAGUUAUUCCGAAAACUCUGGCCGUUAACGCUGCUAAGGACGCUACAGACCUGGUCGCUAAACUACGAGCCUACCACAACUCUUCACAGACCAAGGUGGAACACGCAAACCUCAAAUGGGUGGGUUUGGACCUGAUUGAAGGCAGUCUCCGUGACAACCUCACAGCCGGAGUGCUAGAGCCAGCGAUAUCUAAGAUUAAAUCACUGAAAUUCGCCACAGAGGCUGCGAUCACCAUCCUCCGUAUAGAUGACAUGAUUAAGCUGGACCCGGAACAGAAGGGGAAGAGCUACGAAGAUGCCUGCAACGCUGGGGAACUCGACUAGACUAUUGUGCACUAGCUUUAAUUCACUUAACACACAAGGCAGAUGAGUCCCCAUCAACACCAAGCCAGUUAAUAUUAUAAGCUAACGGAAGUUUUUAUUUUGUUACAAUAUAAAAUUAAAUUUUUAAUUUGAACAGUCGGAGCUCUUAUUUUGAUGGUAUUGUUCUGAAUAUGUUAGUGACAUCGGUUAACCAAAGUGUAUUUUACAUUGGUAAUUACAGUAGUAAUUUCUCCUUAUAGGCUUUGUUAACGGGACCUAGUUGUGAAGUUAAUGUCUUAGGACCCACAACUCGAGCAUGUUGCGGGGUGCUUAAGAUGUCACAAUAUAUUAUUUCGUUACAUUUGUAUGUAACCGUUUAAUUUUCAUUUAUUUUGCUUAUAACAUAACCGCUAGUAUUCUCGCUAGAGCCUUUUGGCACCUUAAUAAAAAUAAUUUUAAAUAUAA